AUGGUUAACGAUACAUCUGAGAACCAACCAACCACGGCAGGCAUCGUUACAACAACCGAGGAUGAGCUGAUUCUACAAGAUCAACAAAUGAAGAGGAUCGAAGACGAGCAAAAAGCUUCUCCACUGGUAGGAGAGAAGAUGCCUUGCGCCACGUUGGUUUCUCUUUAUGAUCAAGAAACAGCACCUGCAUUCUUUGAGAAAGCCAACGAACUCGCCAAAGUUUACUCACACAUUCGAUUCAUCAGAGGAGAUGGCAACUGCUUCAUUCGUGCUAUCCAAGUUGGGCUAGUCGAAAUCUUACUCAACGAUAAGGAGAGACUUGUCAAGUUCAUUGCAAGCUGCAAAGAAUGGACCGAACGGCUUGUGAAACUCGGUUUCCCAGAUUGGACAUGCACGGACUUCUGCGAGUUUUUCAUCGAGUUCAUUGAGAAAGUCCGUGAUGGCAUUCACCAGAAGGAGGAUGUUUUCCGUAUCUUUAACGAUGACAACACUGCCAACUACUUGCUCAUGUUCUUCCGCCUCAUCACUUCUGGAUAUCUUAAGGAACAUGCUGCUGAGUACGAGCCAUUUCUCGACGAGGGAAUGUCUCUGGCCCAAUACUGCGAAACGGAAAUCGAAGCUAUGUGGAAAGAAUCGGAUCACUUGGGCAUCAUUGCAUUAGUCCGUGCACUCAAUAUCCGCAUUCGCAUCGAAUACAUGGAUCGCAAUGCUGCUCCAAACGGCGGAACACAUCACAAUCUUCCGGAUGGACACGACAACGCCACUUUCACACCAGACAUCACUCUAUUGUAUCGACCAGGCCAUUACGAUCUCAUCUACAAAGCUCCCGCUGAAACUUCCAAGCCAGCAUUGCCACCCGUUGCGUAA